ACAAGUCAUGUAAUUACUAGUUACACAAGAUUCAUCAGUUUAAGUCUUUAUUAUCAAACAGAGUCAGGGACAAUUUGGUAUCUCCAGUUCACCUCACUUGCAUGUUCUUGGACUGUGGGAGGUAACCGGAGCUCCCAGAGGAAACCCACGCAGACACGGGGAGAACAUGCAAACUCCACACAGAAUGGACCCGGACCACCCCACCUGGGAAUCGAACCCAUGACCUUCUUGCUACCUACCGAGCCAAGAAUCAGAAGCUUGUUUAUUCCAGGUGCUCUGGUUGUAAACUUUUAUUUUGAAAAAUGAUAGGCGGGGACGAAUACUGAGUCGCGGGGGGUUCUGGGAAAAGUGGGUCAGAGUCGAACACGGAAUCGUAGAAUGUUUUGGUCGGUUCAUUAAGCUCUUACUGUAAGUAUUCAGCUUUAAAUAAAGACUCGUGUGUUUAAGGUGUUUGUGUGCAGGUUAAAUAAGCGGAUGAAUACAGGUGGGGAGGAGCAGGGUGGCGCUUUUGUGCGGUGAGAGCCUGAAAAACCAGUCUGGGUUAGUUGUUGGAAUGAAAGCACAUACAGGGACAGGACAGCCCCGCUGAUCGGGCGAGUUCAGUGGACAGAUAUCAGGACAGCAUUUCCGAUUAGCAGUGGGGCAGAAGUGUUCUGGAACAGGGGUAACAGGGGUAACAGGGCAGUAAGGGAUCUGCCAGGCUCCGUGAGGAAUGCUUUCCAUUCUGCAGAGAGAAGAUGGAUGAAAAGUCCACAUACAGUCGAAUCCUGGUGGCCCUGCUCAUGCUGCUGCUGUUCGCCAUCAUCGUGUUACAGUAUGUAUGUCCAGGGUCUGAGUGCCAACUGCUCCACCUGAGCGCUUUCUCCUCACACCUGCGGGCUGGAAGCGACGGCCGGGAUGGAGAUCCGUAUGUGGCAGAGGACGGUGCGCUGGCGCGAUUUGUACCACGCUUUAACUUCACCCAGCAAGAUCUGGACCGAGAAGUGGACUUUAAUAUCAAGGGAGACGACGUGAUCGUGUUCCUGCACAUCCAGAAAACAGGGGGCACGACUUUCGGUCGCCACCUGGUCCGGAACAUUCAGCUGGAGCGGCCGUGUGAGUGCCAUGUGGGGCAGAAGAAAUGUACAUGUUACCGGCCGGGCAAAAAAGAAACAUGGCUCUUUUCUCGCUUCUCCACCGGCUGGAGUUGUGGACUGCAUGCAGACUGGACAGAGCUGGUCAACUGUGUCCCGUCUAAAAUGAGCAACCGACAAGCAGCACAACUGCAAAAAACUAGAAGAAACUACUAUUACAUCACCAUUCUAAGAGACCCAGUGUCACGCUACCUGAGCGAGUGGCGUCACGUGCAGCGUGGUGCCACAUGGAAGGCCUCACUGCAUGUGUGCGAUGGCCGAGCGCCCACCCUGACCGAACUUCCUAGCUGCUACACUGGUGACGACUGGUCAGGCUGCUCUCUCGCAGAGUUCAUGGCUUGCCCCUACAACCUGGCAAACAACCGACAAACUCGCAUGCUGGCAGACCUGAGUCUGGUGGGCUGUUACAAUGCAUCAUCCAUGAGUGAGCAACAGAGAGGGGCUGUUUUACUGGAGAGCGCCAAGCGCAACCUGCGUCGUAUGGCCUUCUUCGGCCUGACGGAGUACCAACGCAAGACUCAGUACUUGUUUGAGCGAACCUUCCGCCUGUCCUUCAUCGCACCCUUCACUCAGCUUAACGGCACCCGCGCGGCCAGUGUGGAUGUGGCAGCUGCAACACAGCAGCGCAUUCGAGAACUCAAUGCCUGGGACGUGGAGCUGUACGAGUACGCGCGUGAUCUCUUCCUGCAGCGAUUUCAGUACGCACGCCAGAAGGAGAGGCGCCAGGCUCGCCAGCGCCGCCAGCAGGAGAGGCGCAGGCUGCGCGCCAAGGUGCAGCCCUGGUUGGUAGGGCAGGGGGAGGAAGUUAGGCCCACUAAAACUCCAGUGCAAAUGAGGGAGUCGUUUGCAACCAAGCUUGCUGAGCUAAAAAGGGAAGAGACGGGGAAAAAGUUGGAGGAUGAGACGGAGGCGGAGUUGGAAGACCCGUGGUGGGAGGAUGAUGAUGAUGAGAACGACACUAUAGAGGACUAUUUAAACAAUGUAGAACAGUGGUGAUUGGUACUUGGUGGAUGUUAUUUAAGACAAAUGGGUGGCAUGAAUGAACUUUCUAAAAAAUGAAAAGACUUGACUUCAUAUUUCCUCCAGUGCUUUUUCUACUCAGUCUAACUUCAGAAUACUACUGUUUUUUGUAGGUUAGCACAUAUAAGAAGUGCUAUAUUUGUGUUAGACACAAUGAACUAAGUGAACUUUAUUUAAGUGUCCUGAGUUUGGAUCCCAAACAAAUUUGAUGCACAUUACAAUCCUUUUUUGUACCGAAGUCUUUAAAAGUUGGCUAAGAUGCACUGCUAUCUGGAUCUCUGUUUAAAAAGCUAUUAAAUCAAAGAUGUUUUUUUUUUAUUGUACUAUUUGGUCCUUCAGUUGACAUUUGAUUGUAGGUGCUGGUCUGUUUUGAGUAUUUUUACUGUACUGAUGGAUGUGUGCCCUCUAUAAAAUGUUGUAGCAAAUCAUGUUAUUUGUAAUACCUAAUGUAAGCUAUAUUUCAAAUUCUGUGAACAGGUAAACAUAUGGGUAUGCUGGUAAUCAAAUGCAAUUUGUCACUUCUCAAUAAAUUUUUAUUUUAAUUGUA